AACGGGCCAGUAUCCCUACUUUAUGUAUAGGAUAUGUGUUUUCCAUCACUGCUUUCAAAUUGAUUACUUCACCCGGCACUCGUAAAAUGAAAACAACAGUAUUUUAAGGAAUAUGAUGAAGAUGAACAUUGCAGAACGUUGAUGUUGUUUGAAGCGGGCCCAUGCGCAUUAACGUUCUUCCUGAUGAUGUUAAUUUUGAAAGCAAAGGAACGGACAGCGGGGUUUCGUUCACAGCGAGCUUACUAGAUAUUUCCUCUCCCCAUCCCCUUUUCCGACACACCGUACUACCAGAACGUAGUGUUGUUUACGUUUGGAGAAAUUCUGUAAGAAAGGUGACGAAUUGAAAGUCAUAUCUGUGGAAUAUUGUUGGUGACGUUCUCAUCUCGACAACAAGCAGUCCGACGCACGCUGAUGGCGGUCACUAUCGAGGAGCUGUAUCGUAACUAUGGGAUCCUUGCCGAUGCUAAACCAGAGGACCUCGGCCAGCACAAAUAUGCCUAUCAGGUGAUCCUUGAUGGCGUGAAAGGGGGUCCCAAGGAGAAGCGCUUGGCUGCACAGUUCAUUCCCAAAUUCUUCAGCAGUUUCCCAGAGCUGGCAGAUGCUGCAAUCAAUGCUCAGCUUGACCUUUGUGAGGAUGAAGAUGUCUCAAUUCGGAGGCAGGCCAUCAAAGAGCUCCCCCGUUUCGCAGCCGGGGAGAACAUCGUCAGGGUAGCAGAUAUCCUGACCCAGCUUCUCCAGACCGAUGAUUCGGCUGAAUUCAGUCAAGUGAACACAGCGCUGGUCUCGAUCUUCAAGAUGGACGCAAAGGCUACCCUGCGAGGCCUCUUCUCUCAGAUCCUGCAGGGGGAGGACAUAGUGAGGGAGAGGGCCAUCAAGUUCCUCUCCAUCAAGCUGAAGACACUGCCUGAGGACACCAUGACCAAGGAGGUGGAGGACUAUGUGUUCACCGAGACAAAGAAGGUGCUGGAGGAUGUGACAGGGGAGGAGUUUGUGCUGCUGAUGCGCAUCCUGAUGGCGCUGAAGGGCCUGCAGACGGUGAACGGGCGGCAGCAGCUGGUGGAGCUGGUGGUGGAGCAGGCCUUCCUGGAGCAGGCGCUGAACCCCGCCGACCCCGACACCGUGGACCGCUUGCUGCAGUGCACGCGCCAGGCCCUGCCCCUCUUCUCCAAAAAUGUCCAUUCUUCCCGCUUUGUGACCUACUUCUGUGACCACGUCCUGCCCAACCUCAGUACCCUGACAAGUCCCGUGGCAGAGCUGGACAUUCAGCAGGAGGUGCUAAAGCUGCUUGCUGAGAUGAGUCCGUUCUGUGGGGACAUGGAGAAGGUGGAGGCCAACCUCCUCAUGCUGUUUGAAAAGCUGCUGGAGUUCAUGCCGCUUCCCCCAGAGGCGGAGGGUGAGAACGGCGAGAACACGAUGAGCGAGGAACCCAAGCUGCAGUUCAGCUAUGUGGAGUGUCUUCUCUUCAGCUUCCACCAGCUGGGCAAGAAGCUGCCCGACUUCCUCAUCGACAAGAUAAAUGCAGAGCGCCUCAAAGACUUCAAGAUCAGGUUACAGUACUUUGCCAGAGGGCUGCAGGUAUACAUUCGCCAGCUGCGAGUAGCCCUUCAAGGCAAGACGGGAGAUGCACUGAAGACCGACGAGAACAAGAUCAAAGUGGUGGCUCUGAAGAUCACUAACAACAUCAACGUUCUGAUCAAGGAUCUCUUCCACAACCCGCCGUCGUACAAGAGCACGGUCACUCUGUCCUGGAGGCCUGUCCAGAAGGCUGAGGCUGUAGCUCUGAAGCGCCCAUCCGGGGAGGAGAUGGGCACGGGCAGUACCAUGAAAAAGCUUCUGUCCCCCCCGCUGCCCCGAAGGAAUGCGCGACAGAUCUACAACCCCCCCAGCGGCAAGUACAGCGCCGCCAUUGGCAACUUCACCAACGAGCAGCGCGGAGGCUUCAGGGGAGGCCGGGGACGAGGAAGGGGAGGCAGGAGCCGAGGCCGAAUCUACUGAGUCCACCGUCUCACAUACACACUGAACUGCAGCACAUCAGAAUCCCUGCCGUAACCGAGGUGGUCUCCACGACCACUGCUCCUCAACUUGUGUCCACUUGUUAUAUUUUUCUCUGGCGCCAAACGCCUGUGGUAAAGGAAGUUGUUUUUUUGUUUGCUGUUUUUUCCCUUCAAAGUAAAUCUACUUCAAGACGACCGGGCUUCAGACUUUUCUACCUGGCGUUUCUACUCCCGACACUGUUCCCCGACGAAGCGGUUGUUCAAGUAGAUCAGCGUGUUUUUUAUCAUUGUGAAUGUAUUUUUGUGGAACCAGAGACUGCCAAGUUGUACCUGAUUUUGAUAUUUUAGUCAUGUCGGAAAAAUGUUCUUUGUUUUACAAAAUGGUGACGAAUGCAUUCUUUCAUUUGGAUUGGCCUACUCUCUUCCCUACUUUGUAUUGAUCGAUAAUGAAGUUUAUCAGAAUUUUAUCAUAAACUUGUAUUGAAGUCUCAACACCUUGACCCUUUUGUUUGUGUAACACCUUGUUAAAAUAAGACCGUUACAUUGGUU